AUGUUUAGAGAUAGGACUAACUUAUUCUUAUCGUACCGCAGGACUUUCCCGCAUAAUAUAACCUUUCCAUCCAGGGCACCCUUGGGAGAUGAUCGAGAUAUUGAAAUGGGUUCGUAUCCGAUGGCGGAUUUGUCCCACGAUAUAUCGGCCAGAUUAAUGGACGAACGAGAAAAUAAGGAUACAAGUCAUAGUGAUGCGUUACCGCCCAUAUUCAUUGAUAUAGCGCAGGAUGUCGAUGAUUAUCUUUUAGAAGUGAGACGAUUAAGCGAACAGCUGGCAAGGGUUUAUAGGAAGAACUCACUGCCCGGAUUUGACGAUAAGAGCCAUGACGAGGCGUUGAUUGAAGAUUUAAGUUUCAAAGUCAUUCAGAUACUACAGAAAUGUUACGGAGUUAUGAAACGGUUAAAAACAAUACAUAACUCUCAGUUUGUAGGUGGGAAGCAACUAAGUCGAGAAGAGUUGAUCAUACUAGACAAUUUACAAAAGACGUACGCAGAAAAGAUACAAACUGAAAGUAACAAGUUUAGAGUAUUACAAAACAAUUACUUGAAAUUUUUGAAUAAGGAUGAUUUAAAACCUAUUCGUAAUAGCAGAGCCAAUACUGAAGAUACGCUGUUAUUGGAUGAUGAAGAAGGAGAGGCAGCAAGAGAAAAGCGAGAAGGCCUCGAUAUCGAGGACUAUUCAAAAAGAACGUUGCAGAGGCAGCAACAGCUGCAUGACACCACUGCAGAAGCAUAUUUGAGAGAACGCGACGAAGAGAUUACUCAAUUGGCAAGGGGUGUGUUGGAAGUGAGUACCAUUUUCAGGGAAAUGCAAGAUUUGGUUAUUGACCAGGGGACCAUUGUGGAUAGGAUAGAUUAUAAUCUGGAGAAUACAGUGGUGGAAUUGAAAAGUGCAGAUAAGGAGUUGAAUAAGGCUACACAUUACCAAAAGAGAACCCAGAAAUGUAAAGUUAUCCUACUACUUACAUUGUGUGUAAUUGCAUUGUUUUUCUUCGUCAUGUUGAAACCACAUGGUGGGGGCGGUGGCGGUAAUAGCCAUGAUAGUAAUAAUAGCAGUAACGGUAAAAAUAAUGGCCAUAGUAAUGAUGAAGAUAAGGAGUUACCUGCAGCUGUUGAGGUCAGCGACCCCUCUAAUAAGGCCCCGAAUGCACCUUCUUUGAUGGAUGAGGAAUUCACCGUUUCAGAUGGCGAUUUUAGACCAUGA